UUCAAGAUGGCGGCGCCCUUGGCAAAAAUUCCGUCCUGUGCAGAAUUCCUGAGAGUCCUGACCAGUCCCAGAAUCCCCAGCAGGUUCCUCCAUGUGACGUCAGCGUGUCACAAGGCUCAGGCAGCGAAGUACAAAAUCAGCAAGGACGGCAACAAACCGCUGACAUACGAGAUGGCCAAUCCUCCACACUUCAUCGGCGUCAGGAAAUCUUGGAACUCAUGGCAUACUAGUAACCUGUGGGAGCAGCCUGGGGCGGCAGACCGUACAUUCGAGGACAUGUUUAUCCGUAAGUUCCUCCAGGGAACCUUCCACAACUGUCUAGCUGACGAGAUAAUCGUGAAACGCCGACACAACACGAUCUUCAUCGCUCUGCUCCUGCUGAGGAAACUGGACCCUCAGAAGUACUACUUCCUCCUCGGCUACACCGAGACACUCCUCUCGCACUUCUUAAAGUGUCCCGUCAAGGUCGAGGUCAGCGUGGUGCCCAGGAAGGUCGUCUACAAGUACAUCUGAGCUUUUCUUAAGACAGGCUUUCUAGAACUGGAGAGUUGUCUACAAGUACAGCUGAACUUGACUUCAGGACGGCAUCUUGCUAGAACUGGAGACGUACUAGCCUUUCUUAAAGAAGCCUGUCUACAUUUACUUAGUACAUCCAAACUUUUCUUAAGACGCAAUCUUCAAGUUGCUAGCAUUGUUGAUCAUGAUGUUGAUCUGUGAACUGAAUGUCUUAUACAUGUAGAUUAAGAACAAUUAUCAAGAAUGAAAAAAAA